GGAGCGGUGCAGUCAUUAGAGGAGACACGCCCGAGCUUGCUUUGACACAACCUCAGUAUAGGUGUGUUCACAGAGAAACACUGCGCCAGCCCGUAAGAUCACCUCUGCUGUCGAGAACAACUCCAGACCCUAUAAGAGUCAAAAUGCCAGAAACUGCAGAGAAAGUGUCAGCUACCCUCACCACCAACCGAAACUGCACCAUAGAAGUGACCAACGUCAGCAGCCACUACUGUCUCAUCAACCCCCAAGUGUACAUGGCCAGCGGUUUCUCCCAGCACCCUCCCCAGCCCACCAUCCGCACCGCCAAAGUCGAAGUCUGCACCUUCACCAAAGACGACAACACCGCCACCGGGUCCGUGGGCCUGCUGACCUACGACAUCUUCCAUAUGCAGGGACGCCAUUGCAACGAGCGAAUGGCCAUCAUGUUCUCAGUCCCAUUCGACCGCAACCUGUACAAAAACAAGCUAGCGAUCGGCAUCUUUCCGAACUCCACGGCGUGCGACAAACAGCUGUACAACCUGAUGUACGAUGGGAAGGAUAUGAGUAACUUCACCCGUUCCGACACAAACGGCAGCGGGUUGGUGUACCAGGGCCCGCAUUUGGAUGUAAGGGCCACAAUGUCGACUGUGGGAAGAGCUAUCGUUAAAGUUGAGCUGUAUGACAUGAUGGGCCGCUAAUGGGCGUUCAAGUUCGCAAUUAUCUUAGUCAGGUUUAGCAAAGAAAUGUACAUGUGAGUACGCUAACACAAAACGACAAAAGUGAUACAGAAUUGACAACUAGAAGUAUGUGCAUGGGUGGGGUACAUCUGCAAGAAAAAAAGUUCCAUCUGACAAUUAUAACAAAGGAUCUUCUUGUUCUUAAGUCACACCAAAACAACCAAAAGAGUUUAUUUGCAAAAACAGAUACGUCUUAAUCCUCUUCCACAGAUAUUAUCAGCGAGACUUUAUAGAAGAGGGAUGGAAUCGUUUUUCUUGCAGUAAAAGGAAUUUGGCUCUUGAAAGCAGUGCUAUUAAAACACCUAUCUGUUCUGUUCUUUGUAAAUGUACUCAUCCAUUGUUCUUGGAUCAUCCUGCAAUAGAAAAAUAAAACCGUUAUAACAUGUUUA